AUGAACAAUACAGAAAAAAGGGCCUCUCCCCGUAGAAGCCUCUGCGAAACUGUGCCGGAGGGGGAGACUCCCGGCUCGCAGGCCCUCUCAAGAGUCGCCAACAAUGCGACAGAAGACAGCAAGGCUUCACAAAAUGUGUGCGAGGAAAAGUCUUCCAAAGCAACGGAUCACGGUGAUAAUAGCAUCAUAGCACCUGUAGAGGUAGAACUCCAGAGACCGCCUUCCACGAUGAAAUACACUGAAACUGAUGUUGCGCAGCACCAGACGCCAAAGGAAGUUCCCGGUGCGACGGCUGCAGACGGGCUUACGCAGCCUUUAGAGGACGCAGGGGCGGCAGCGGCAUUACGCUCACAGAAAUCAACGAACCCUUUCGACUCAGACACGGAGGAGGAGGAAGAGGGAGCUUUGCUGCCCUCUGGUGCCUCUGGGCAACUUGCAACUGCAGCAGCUGUUCCGGUCGAUGCAGAGGCAGUGCUGCUGCGGAGCGUCAUUGAGCUACUGCAGCGCUUAGAGCAGAAGGGCUCGCAGGUGCUUGCAGGAGCUCCUUGUUUUUCUCAUAGACUGAGGCAAGGCGAGGGUGAAGAGGCGUUGAAAGAGCUACUUCAGAUGGCGACGAGCAGAGAAUCCCUUCUAGAAACGCUGCGGGGGUGUCUCUCGGCUGCGCAGGACGUGUCUGAGGAAGUGCACACACAGGAACUUCUGCAGUUCAUAAUCGCCGCAGAAGAAAAGCAGCAGCAGGAAGCACUGAAGAACGAAGAAUCACGGCACAUGUGUCAAGAGGAGGAGCAGCAGCGGCAGCUGCGGGGUCAAGAAGAAAGCUCCUCGGAAGAACAGACCGAGCGGCAGGAAGCAGACGCGCAGCGUGAGCAGCAGCAAAUGCAAGAGGAGGAAGAAAGGCAGCAACAUGACCGCCAAGUGCAGCAGCGAGACGAGCAGCAGCAAAUGCAGCAGGAGGAACUUUUACAGCAACGGCUGGCGCAGCAAGAAAAGGAGCAGGAGACAGAAGAGCAGCAACGAUAUUCGGACUGUCAAGAUCAGGUCGAAGCUACAACAGCCAAAGACAUGAACACGGCUGCUGCUGCGCCUGCCGACGAGGAGGAAGCCGCAGGUGGAGAUACGCAUCGCAGCCGCUCGGAAAUCGACACUGCAGCAGCACCAAAAGAAGAGGGAGGAAGCGCCUCUCCUUCGGGGCAAGAGGUCCCUCCCAGCGCUACCGCUGCAGAGGAUCGCGUUGCUGCAGAGCAAGAAGCAGGGGCGGCUGUCGAGCAGGAUGUAGCAGCUGGCCCUCCUCAUUGCAAGGGAGUCGAAGAUUCUCCUCUUCCUACAGGGUCCAGCGAGGAUGUCGGUGUUAGCUGGCAAGUUCUGCGGGCUGCUGGCGAGCAGACGACAGAAGGCUGUGUAAAUGCCUCCCCACCGGUGCAAGAGGUUCCCGAGGCGCUCUCGCCUCUUGAAAGCCGUGGAUCUCUAGGGGGCCCCCUCGGAUCCCUCCCAAUUGCGGAGGACGAAGCCGAAGAGAUUCAGGAGCGGCUGCUGCAUCACGUCGCACAGCAGCAGCAGUCAGCUGCCUGCAGCAGCAGCAGCCUGGUGUUUCUGCCUUGCGGCGGGGAAGUCGACGCUCUUCUACGGGAGGCAGAGAAAGAGGGAGCUGCGCCUCCAAGAGGCCACACGACGCUCUCUGACGGGGAGGACGAGGCUGAGGCAAUCUUCUCCGUAUUCCUCGCAAAUCGAAGCGAGGUCUGCGAUCAGGGGAGCCGUCAACUCCGGAGUGCCUCAGCCUCCCCUCGGCUAGAUUUUUCGAGUGCUUCCCCCCGUGCGGACCUCUCCCAGACGCAUUCUGGAGGCGCCUUGCGGAGCAGUCAGUCGCUAGCGCGAUUCGCGCAGUCCCCACUGCAGCAGCAACAGCAUGUGCUUCCAGAGAGCCUCGACGCGAGGCACAGGGGCCUCGUGGGGCUCUCGGCAGACGAGCUCUCGAGGCACCUGCAUGCAACGGAGAAUCCUUUGUCUUCCUCGGAUCUCUUCUCCUCGGGAACCGUCCUGUCGAGCGCAAGACCCUCCUUUCAGUCCACGAGGCUCUCUGUGGGAAGCACGCGAACAGGAACGCAAGUCGACGUUCCCUGCCGGCUGGCCUACACCUGGGGUCCUCCUACCCCGCUGCAUGUCGAAGAAGAGCACCUGCACGGCGUGCCAAUGCUGCAGCGCCGUCGAGGAGCAGUCUCAGGGUAUGAUGAGGACGUGCCAAAUGCAGCCCUCGCGGCUGCUGCAGGAAUUCUAAGAUCCUCAAGAAGCAGAAGCAACGAGUGGCGAGGACGCAGGGGGAGUGAGGAUCUUGUUUCUGCUCAGUCUGUGCGCCUUGUCAGCAACGCUCUCCCGAGUGCCUCCUCGACCUUUUACGCAUGCAGGGCCAUGUCGUCACUCGCUGCUCAAGCGGCAGCGACACGCGUUGCUGCGUCUCCUGUCUCUGCACCCGCAAACGCUUCGAGUGAGGGCUUGCCCAUGCGCAGCAGGGUGGUCCUCGCUGGCGGAGCCGCAGAGGACGCGCGAACUCCUGUGAGGAGGCACAGGGGGCCCCCUUUGGCGCGAAUACCUGAGGUGCAUGCGAGUCAUGCCGCUUCGAUUCCAGAAUCCUAUGAGGAACUUGGCGAGACGACGCCUCGAGGGAGAUGGCGAGGGGAGAUUCGCACUGCUGGUUGCCCCUCGACUAUGAGGCCUCUUAGCAGAUAUGCUCCUUCACAGCUGGAGAAGCAGCCGUCUCAGGCAGAGUUCGCAGCGGCAGGGACGUGUGUCUCGCCAAAAUUUUCUGCCAGUUGCCGCAGCUUCUCACGCAUAGGCAGGAGCAGGCAGGCCCUAGUGCGCUCUGAACUGCAAGGAAUCCCCCUCAGGGAGAGCUGCCGCCGCAAGCGACAAAGUCGCGCUGAGCGGCGAAGACGGACAGUCAGCAACUCCUCAAGAGACCCUUUUCCAAGGGAAGUCGGAGCACGAGGAGCGGUUACCCCAGAAGAGAGCACCGACGACUUGGCUGCUGCUUAUUGCGUAGCUGGAAGAAAAACCUACAAACGAGAUCAGGAGACGCAGGCUCUUAUCGGCGGAAGCACAGCGAUUCUAUCGAAGGAGGAGAGACUGAGGGAUCGCGAGCUGCAGGAACGUUUCGAGCGCCUCACGGCGCAAGAGAGACGCGAUCAAGAGCACCGCAGGCAGAAGCAAAGCGAGCUCGUGCCGCAGGAAGACCCCGACGACGCACUCAGAAGCGCGCAAACCUUUCUUCUUCGUGGUGAAAGCAGACCUUUGCAAUGGCAGCCACAGGAACGGCUGCAACGGAGCUUGUCGGAGAGGAGCAGUGUCGGACGGAUUGGUAAAAGGCACUCUACGGCAGGGGCUUUCCCCGAUAAUCGCUGCAGCACUGCACAGCUUUCUGAGGCCGUCGAAGAGGAAAGCGUAAGGCUAGCAAACUCAGUGCACAGUGCGCAGCUGGAGGUGCAGCAGGAGGAGGGAGCCCGGGUGUACGAGCAACUUGAGCAGGAGAAACAGAAGCAAGGUGAGGAGGAGACUCGCUGGCUGCUGCAACAGCAGCAAGAGGGGGCCCGGCUGCUCCAAAAGCGGCGACAGCAGUUCGAGGCAGUGCAGCAACGGCAGCAAGAAUUUCUUUGUGCGCGUCGGCAAGAAAGGGAGCUCAAGGCAAUGGCUAGCAGGGAAGGGGACGGCAUUCAGAGCCGGGGAGAAGAGAAGGAGGCCUGUGGGGCGGAGGCUGUGCGGAGUGACACUCGGAGUGCCGCCUGGUGCGCGAUGGAGACCCCAGAAGAAGCCUUUGAAGGGUCCCCUGAUGCCUUGAAGCCUCCGCAAGGAGGAGGCACAGCCGAGCGGCGAGGCAGCCGACUACGUGCUGAAGUGACCCCUAGGGCCCCUACAGGGGAAGGCAAGAGCGGAGCCAACGCAGCCCAUGUUCGGGAAGGAGCAGGGCGCCAGGCGCUGCAGAGGAGACUCGAAGAAGGGGCAAUGAGUGGUGGAGUCUUCGAGAUCGCCUCCGGCGCGGAUCUGAGAGAUGCAGAUCUUGAAGGCCUCGACGCGCGAAGCCCUCCAGCUGCUACAGCUGCGUUGCAUCUUGGGUAUACCGCCCCUUCAAAGCGCUCGCCAGAGGUCGGAGCCGACGACGAUCAGUUGGUCUUUAGGAGCCUAGAGAGCGGGGAGACGUUCGGGAAGGCCAGAAGCGAGGUCGAAGCAGGGGGGGGCGGCGGCAAGACUAAGGAGUUUAAGGCCUCUCUCGAUCGACUGCAGGAGGCGACCUACGGCUUUGGAAGUACUGAGGAGGGUCAGGAGGGCUGCUGCGAGCUGCGUGCAGAAGAAGUCUGGACCCGUGAGAGGGGCUUCACGACGCAGCAGCAUGCGUCACAGACGGCUGAAGCACCACGGCUGGACCCUCCCAAAGGGCACACGACAGACGUGGGCGUAGAGACAGACCUGACAGUGCAGACGCCGCUGCCGGACGUCUUCGAGCUGGAGAAGGAGGACGCAGACAUCAACGAGGAGCAUGUCGCAGCGGGCGCUCGGCAGUCUCAGCACCAGCCAGGCGCCAGGACAGGCCCUGCUGCUGCUGCCACCGACAAGCCUCGAAAAGGGAAGGGCUUGAGCAGUGUGCAGGAAGACUCUGAGGUGUUUGGCGUCCCUUUUGAGGCGGAGCAGCAACACCAGCAGUGGGUAGCUAACAUUAGAGCAGCGGAGGAGGCACGGCAGCAGGUAGCUGCGGCUGCGGCUGCGGCUUCUGCUGCCGCGGCAGCUCUGGAAGAAGCGGCGGCAGCUCUCCAUCCACCAUCGCCGAGGCGUCCCCCCUCGGCAGCAAAGAAGGUCCGCAGCAGGCCAGUCCAGAGCGGCAGUUUCACCAGCACGAGCGGCGACAACAAAGAGACCUCGAGAGAAAAAACAGCUACCAGUGGAGGCGGGUGUGCUUGCGAAGGGGGUGACUGGGGAGAGGGCUUCCCGAGAAGGCGCCGCGCGCUUCCGCUGGCGGCUGCCUACUGCCAGGAGGAACAGCAGCGUGCGUGGGCUGCUGCUGAAGAUGCCUUGAAAGGCGUGCAGCUAUUUAAGGGGGAAUCGCAGGGAGAGUGCGCAAGGCACGGCGGCACUAAGAGUUCAGACUGCUGCACUCUCGAAUUCUUAGUAGGGCUAGAAAAGUAG